AUGCACAGGCGCAUACAUAUCGGUGAGAAGCCAUACAUAUGCAAUGUAUGUGAGAAAAGAUUUGGAAUUUCCAGCAAUUUAAAUACACAUAUGCGCAUACAUAGCGGUGAGAAGCCAUACAUAUGCGAUGUAUGCGAGAAAGGAUUCUCAAGCUCUGGUGAUUUAAAAACACAUAAGCACAUACAUACAGGGGAGAAACCGUACAUAUGCGAUGUAUGUCAAAAAGGAUUCAGAAGUUCUAGUAAUUUAAAUACACACAAACGCAUACAUAACGGUGAGAAACGGUAUAUAUGUGAAGUUUGUAAAAAAGGAUUCAGUAGUUCUAAUUAUUUAACCAUGCACAGAAGCAUACAUACCGGUGUGAAGCCAUACAUGUGCGAUGUAUGUGAGAAAGAAUUCAGAAGUUCUACUGGUUUGAAUACACACAAACGCAUACAUACCGGUGAGAAGCCAUACAUGCGCAAUGUAUGCAAGAAAAACUUAACGUCUUCUGCUUAA